UUUUGCCAGAACCACGCCUGCCCGAACGCUCGUAAACGCUAUCCUAUAUCCCUUCAGGUUCCAUUUCUCACUCUCUGCCGAACCUCCCUCGUCCCUACGAAUGGCGCCCUCCUUCGAAGAGCCCGUCGCCGAAGCACUUGAAAACCCACUUAAGCGGAAGCCAGAUCUUGUCGCUCCAGAGCCAGAACAUUGUCCCGGUCCUGAAUCGGAGCAAGCGGGCAAAGGCGACGCAUGCAAUGGCUGUCCCAACCAAGCCAUCUGCGCCUCUGCACCCAAAGGCCCCGACCCAGACAUCCCUCUUAUUACCGAACGACUCGCUGGAGUAAGACACAAAAUCUUAGUGCUCUCAGGAAAAGGCGGAGUGGGCAAGUCUACAUUCUCGUCGCUCCUGUCGCACGCCUUUGCAGCCAACCCAGACUCGACAGUGGGCAUUAUGGACACAGAUAUCUGCGGCCCGUCGAUACCGAAAAUGAUGGGCGUCGAGAGUGAAACAAUACAUGUUAGCAAUGCCGGAUGGAGUCCCGUCUGGGUCACAGACAAUCUUGGAGUUAUGAGCAUUCAGUUUAUGCUACCCAACCGAGACGACGCAAUCAUAUGGAGAGGGCCAAAAAAGAAUGGUAUAAUCAAACAAUUCUUAAAAGACGUCGAAUGGGGCGAGUUGGACUACUUGAUUGUCGACACACCACCGGGCACAUCAGACGAACAUCUGUCAGUUAACUCAUUUUUGAAAGAGUCCGGCGUGGAUGGUGCGGUGGUGGUGACCACGCCACAAGAGGUGUCUCUGCUGGACGUGCGGAAAGAGAUUGAUUUCUGUCGAAAGGCAGGGAUUCGGGUCCUGGGGCUGGUUGAAAACAUGUCGGGGUUCGUCUGUCCCAAAUGCACGCACGAAUCUCAGAUCUUCCGGGCAACGACGGGAGGAGGGCAAAAGUUAUGCCAGGAUAUGGGCAUACCUUUCCUGGGAUCAGUACCGCUCGACCCGCGGAUCGGCAUGGCGUGUGACUUUGGUGAAAGCUUUAUGGAUAGCUUUCCCGACAGUCCAGCUUGCAAGGCAUUACGACAAGUAGUGAGAUCCGUGGGCCAGAUGAUAGGAGAGGAUCCCGAUCAAGUUCUUCCUGACGGACCAAUAUAACAGCCCAGCCAUCCAUUGUUUGUUAUUCCUGGAGGGGAGAGUUCUUUUGCUCGAUCUGCGGUGGUUGGCGCAACGCAAAAAGUCAACUUUGCGUGGCGGGGAACCCUCAUAUCUGUCCCGCAGACCAGCCAUAACAGCUUUUGGAGCCGCAGAUAUAUUUGUUGUGAUCUGCUGUGAGGAUACCAGAUCCAGGACUCCCACGCAGCGCAUCACUUGAGCAAUAGCGUUGGUGGGGUCAAUUGUUGGGCGGCAGAUGAAGCUGGGAGGUUCUGGGGGCGGAUUGGGGACUGUGUGAUGAUGCCGUGCGUUUCUGGUCUCAGGUCAUACGACAUGCUCGCAAUCCUCCAACUUUGCGCAGGCAAGGCGCAAUGCCAACACAGACUUGAGCCUGGGCAUUGUGGACAGCGACUGAGCAGAAUGGCACCAGGCACUCCUGGAUGUUUCCCUCUGGACCAAAUCGGGACAAGGCACGCGCCAAGCCACUUGGAGCCAGAACGGGCUAGUCCCAGUCCCGCAGCGGAAACUCGAACGAAAGAUGAAACUUAAACUUCUGCGCCUUCAGUUUCACCUUCACCCCCUAUUCCUCCCUCCAACCCCAUCCUUUCUCAUCGGCGCAGCUGAGAACCACAGAAUCCCAUCCCUGGGCUCCCGUUCUGAAGGCCUUCGGUUCUUCAGCCUCGACGAGCAGCCGAAGUUGCAUCCACACCCAGUCGCCUCAACGUCACACUGCCACCACCAUGCACUCCUGUCCGCCCCAAUGGUUGGCUCCCUCAGAUCUGGCCAGUCACAGGCUUAUGCCGUAGGUGGAGAGCUCUCUCUUUGACACCGAGAUCCCCUCCCUGGCUCCAGACCUCAAUCGAGAGCUCACCAGGUCCAUCGUUGACCUGUUGAUCACGAUCCUGAGACAUGCAGAUGGCGUGGCCCAAGACUGUCUAGCACAAUUCGAGACGAGGCCGCGCAUGUAUGCAGCGCUGCGGAGUAAUUCUACCAAGAUACGAUUUACACUUCCAUUUUG